GCAGGUACAAUCAUCAGUUGUACUGUGCCUGAUGACUGUGUGGUGGAAGGAAGUUCAGUCACUGUCACCUGUACCAGAUCUCUGGACCUAACUCAACAGAGCAGGAUACAAGUUAACACUGCAGAUGGUUCUGCCAUAGCCCCAGCCGACUACACUACACUCAACAUACCUGUGAACCGACCGAGCUUCUUUGCCGACAAUGUUCUGAACUACAGAGGAGGGGCCAGACAGGAUUCAGUGAUAUCGUUUGACAUCCAAACUACAGCAGACAGUGAUGAUACAGAGCCUACAGAGACAUUCUUCCUCAAUGUCUCUCCUGUGAGGACGGCCAUUGUCCUGACACCACGAGUUCCCAUUACCAUUUGUGGAGUUACCCAAGAUAUACGCUGCCCUGAAUUGACUGAUCCUGCCAAUGGUAUGGUGAUGGUUGCUGAAACCACUCCUGGUGAUGCAGCUACUUACACCUGCAAUGACGGCUAUAAGCUAGAUGGAGCAUCAACCAGAACGUGUGGUUCAAAUGGUCAAUGGAGUCCUGAGGAACCUAGGUGCUUAGCAAUGUGUCCAACCCUGACUGGUCCUGCCAAUGGUGUGGUGGUAGCAGAAGGUAACUGUGAGGGAGAUACAGCUACUUACACCUGCAAUGAGGGCUAUAAGCUAGAUGGAGUAGAAACAACAACAUGUGGUCCAGAUGGUCAAUGGAAUAGUGAUCCCCCUGUUUGCUUAGCUACAUGUCCGAGUUUGUCUAAUCCUACUAAUGGAAUGGUGGCGGCAGAAGGGAACUGUGAAGGAGACACAGCAACUUACACGUGUAACAGUGGAUUCGAAUUGGAUGGAGCUGCUAUUCUAACAUGUCAGAGUAAUGGAAUGUGGGACAACCCUCUACCUACGUGUCGUGCUGUAUUUGUGUCAUUUGAUCCAACAUCCUACACUGUCACUGAGGGAGAGGAUGGAGCUGCUGAAUUGAUACUAGUCAGAAGUGGAUAUCUCAGUAGAGCCACUGUUGUCACUGUCACCACUGCUGAUGGUUCAGCAAUUGCUGGUUACGACUACACUACCACUACAAGGACAGUAACAUUUCAAACUGGAGAGACUGGGGCUAGAGUCAGUGUCCAAAUCACUGAUGACAACAUGGUGGAGAAUGUUGAAGAAUUUACCGCAAUCCCUGUCUAGCUUAGAAAAUGUUAUGAUUGUUGAAGACAGAGCAACUGUCACAGUACUGGACAACGAUGUACUUGUGUCAUUUGAUCCAACAUCCUACACUGUGACUGAGGGAGAGGAUGGAGCUGUUGAAUUGAUACUAGUCAGAAGUGGAGAUCUCAGUAGAGCCACUGUUGUCACUGUCACCACUGCUGAUGGUUCAGCAAUUGCUGAUUCCGACUACACUACCACUACAAUGACAGUAACAUUUCAAACUGGAGAGACUGGGGCUAGAGUCAGUGUCCAAAUCACUGAUGACAACAUGGUGGAGAAUGUUGAAGAAUUUACCGCAAUUCUGUCUAGCUUAGAAAAUGUUAUGAUUGUUGAAGACAGAGCAACUGUCACAGUACUGGACAACGAUGUAUUUGUGUCAUUUGAUCCAACAUCCUACACUGUGACUGAGGGAGAGGAUGGAGCUGUUGAACUGAUACUAGUCAGAAGUGGAUAUCUCAGUAGAGCCACUGUUGUCACUGUCACCACUGCUGAUGGUUCAGCAAUUGCUGGUUCUGACUACACUGCCACUACAAGGACAGUAACAUUUCAAACUGGAGACACUGGGGCUAGAGUCAGUGUCCAAACCACUGAUGACCUUCUGAUAGAAAGUAGUGAGACAUUUCUCGGCCUCUUGACCAGCUCUGAACCAACUGUCAUGAUUGGUGAUGGGACUGCAACUGUAACUAUUUUGGACAAUGAUGGAUGUCCCAGUCUACCAGAUAUUCCCAAUGGAUCUGUGGCAGUGUCUGGCUUUGGAACAGGAGAUACGGCAGUCUACUCUUGUGAUGAAGGGUAUGAGCUGGUCGGAAACUCAACUAGAGAGUGUUUAUUUGACUCAUCAUGGAAUGGAGAGGUUCCAAUCUGUCGCAGUCUUGCUGUGUCUCUAUCAUUUGAGCCAACAUCCUACACUGUGACUGAGGGAGAGGAUGGAGCUGUUGAAUUGAGACUGGUCAGAAGUGGAGAUCUCAGUAGAGCCACUGUUGUCACUGUCACCACUGCUGAUGGUUCAGCAAUUGCUGAUUCUGACUACACUGCCACUACAAGGACAGUAACAUUUCAAACUGGAGACACUGGGGCUAGAGUCAGUGUCCAAACCACUGAUGACCUUCUGAUAGAAAGUAGUGAGACAUUUCUCGGCCUCUUGACCAGCUCUGAACCAACUGUCAUGAUUGGUGAUGGGACUGCAACUGUAACUAUUUUGGACAAUGAUGGAUGUCCCAGUCUACCAGAUAUUCCCAAUGGAUCUGUGGCAGUGUCUGGCUUUGGAACAGGAGAUACGGCAGUCUACUCUUGUGAUGAAGGGUAUGAGCUGGUCGGAAACUCAACUAGAGAGUGUCUAUUUGACUCAUCAUGGAAUGGAGAGGCUCCAGUCUGUCGCAGUCUUGCUGUGUCUGUAUCAUUUGAGCCAACAUCCUACACUGUGACUGAGGGAGAGGAUGGAGUUGUUGAAUUGAGACUGGUCAGAAGUGGAGAUCUCAGUAGAGCCACUGUUGUCGCUGUCACCACUGCUGAUGGUUCAGCAAUUGCUGAUUCCGACUACACUACCACUACAAUGACAGUAACAUUUGAAACUGGAGAGACUGUGGCUAGAGUCAGUGUCCAAAUCACUAAUGAUAAUAUGGUGGAGAAUGUUGAAGAAUUUACCGCAACCUUGUCUAGCUCAGAAUCAAAUGUUAUGAUAAUUGAAGACAGAGCAACUGUCACAGUACUGGACAACGAUGUAUUUGUGUCAUUUGAUCCAACAUCCUACACUGUGACUGAGGGAGAGGAUGGAGCUGUUGAACUGAUACUAGUCAGAAGUGGAUAUCUCAGUAGAGCCACUGUUGUCACUGUCACCACUGCUGAUGGUUCAGCAAUUGUUGGUUCUGACUACACUGCCACUACAAGGACAGUAACAUUUCAAACUGGAGACACUGGGGCUAGAGUCAGUGUCCAAAUCACUGAUGACCUUCUGAUAGAAAGUAGUGAGACAUUUCUCGGCCUCUUGACCAGCUCUGAACCAACUGUCAUGAUUGGUGAUGGGACUGCAACUGUAACUAUUUUGGACAAUGAUGGAUGUCCCAGUCUACCAGAUAUUCCCAAUGGAUCUGUGGCAGUGUCUGGCUUUGGAACAGGAGAUACGGCAGUCUACUUUUGUGAUGAAGGGUAUGAGCUGGUCGGAAACUCAACUAGAGAGUGUUUAUUUGACUCAUCAUGGAAUGGAGAGGCUCCAAUCUGUCGCAGUCUUGCUGCUGGAGAAACUGAGACUGCAGUCAGUGUCCAAAUCUCUAAUGACCUUCUGAUAGAAAGUAGUGAGACAUUUCUCGGCCUCUUGACCAGCUCUGAACCAAAUGUCAUGAUUGGUGACGGGACUGCAACUGUGACAAUUCUGGACAAUGAUGGAUGUCCCAGUCUACCGGAUAUCCCCAAUGGAUCUGUGGCAGUGUCUGGCUUUGGGACAGGAGAUAUGGCAGUCUACUCUUGUGAUGAAGGGUAUGAGCUGGUCGGAAACCCAACUAGAGAGUGUUUAACUGACUCACAUGGAGUGGAGAGGCUCCAGUCUGUCGCAGUCUUGCUGUACUGGUGUUUUUUUGACCCGGUGUCCUACACUGUGACUGAGGGAGAGGAUGAAUUUGCUAUAAUGAGGCUGAACAGGAGUGGAAACACUCACUUAACGACUAAUCUCACCUUUAUGACAGUGCGUGGAACUGCCGAUGAGUCUGACUUUACUCCGUCGUGGGGCGAUGUGGUGUUUGAAGCUGGAGUGACAAUUGUAGUUGUGAAUGUUAUGAUUACCAAUGAUGCUACUCUAGAAGAUGAUGAAAUAUUCACUGCAACCAUCAUUUCCAGAAAAACAUAA